AAGAGAGCGGAACACGCGGGGGCUUUCUCUCCUUUCCUCUUCACACUCACCUGGCAGUGCAGCAGCAGCAGGAGCUGCUUCUCUCUUCGCUCUUCUCUCUCACUCGCUCUCUCUCGCGGGUCGUUCGAGUCUCUCUCGGCGCACUCGUAUGGGUGCGAGGAUCGAAUAUGCCCGAGAUAUGACCUGAGUCACCCUCGUUAUCGGAUGCGAUAAGCGGUUUCGCGAGUGUGCGAGUCAGAAUCCCCGUGAAUCCCACCGUUUCUCCCCGUGUGCCCCGUCUCGCCCCGUCACUCCCCGUCACUCCCCGUCACCCCCCGUCUCCCCCCGUGCACCGCGACCAUGUUCCGCGGAAAAACGAAGAAGAAGGACGACCACCUGACGAACGGCGACCCCCUCGCCCACCCAAAAACGAACGGCUCCCUCAAGGGCACCCCCCCCGCGAGCCCGGCCCUCAAGCAGCGCGUGGACAAGGCCCCGACCGUCGAGGUGCAAAGGCCUAAGGUCUCCUUCCACUGCCAGCUGGCUCACGGCAGCCCCACCGGCAUCAUCUCUGGCUUCUCGAACGUGAAGGAACUCUACCAGAAGAUCGCCGAAUGCUACGAGAUAUCUCAAGCUGAGAUCCUCUUUUGCACACUCAAUACUCACAAGGUGGACAUGAACCACCUGCUCGGCGGUCAGAUCGCCCUCACAGACUUCAUCUUCGCUCAUAAGAAAGGGCAUAAGAGACAGGUGGAGGUGGAGAAAUGGGACGACGCCCUCGGCCUGACCAUCACGGACAACGGGGCCGGCUAUGCAUUCAUCAAACGCAUCAAGGAGGGCAGCGUCGUCGACAGACUCCAGGAAAACCGGCUCCACGUCGGGGACCAUAUCGAGAGUAUCGACGGGAAGAGCUUGGUGAACUGCCGGCAUUACGAGGUGGCCAAGAUGCUCAAGGAGAUCCCCAAGGGCACGACCUUUACCAUGACCAUUGUCGAACCCUUGCGAGCCGGAUUCGCAAACAUCGGGCCGAAAAGCGAGACGAGAGGGAGCAAGAAGAACUACGGCACCGGACGAGAGACCCUUCGGCUGAGGAGCAAUGCACCCGCCAGCAUCGAGCAGGCCCCCGAUGACGUCGUUCAAGCCGCCGUUUCCAAAAUCAACAACCUCUUGGAGAACUUCCUGGGUAUCAACGACACCGAGUUGGCGACUCAAAUCUGGGAGCUUGCUCAAGGAAAGGCAAACACGAUGGAAUUCGCGGAGGCCAUCGACAAUUCGGACCUCGAGGCAUUCGGAUUCACGGAUGACUUCAUCAUCGAACUCUGGGGUGUGGUCAGUGAUGCCAAAUCCGGGCGACUCCGCCCUCCGUCGUCCGGACAUCACUGACCCCGCCGGUCCGCCGCAUUCACGCCGGAGGAGCGAAACGUGAGAGUGCAUCCCCGUCACGUAUAGCCCAUAACUGGAAUGAAUGUCCGCUUACAGUCGCUGUGAAUGCUUCCCCACGAAAAGGGGAAUUUCCGGAGUCCUUCGCGAGAGGUCGUGAGUAGUGGAUGAGACCUCUUGAAAAUUUAUUUGUAGGUCGAGUCUGUUUAUGUAUGAUUUUCUGUGUGAAAAAAAAAGAAACUCGUUCGAUA